AUUCAGAACUGAAAAUAAAAUUGAAUUUAAAGAAAAGAAAGAAAUUCGUAAAUAAUUGGAAGCAAUUGCAUUUCCCAUUGCUUCAGAUAUAUAUCUAAUCUGAUGAUCUUGAAUGGGAGAAGCUAAAGUGGAUUAAAGUUAAUGAAGAUUUUACUGCUUUCUUGUUGGAAUACCAGUUAGUUUGGACAAAAAGGAAGAAUCCUAUCAAAGAUUAAACACAUUCAGCGGCCUACAUUGGCAUUCAAACCUGUAGUUGGAAAAAGCUGUACUGCUGCUGCAGAAUUCCUUGUGGAUAAACGAACAGAUUUUGUAACUGAAGAUAGAGCCUUUCAGCCCUGUCAGGUUCAUAUUCUUUAAACUGAUAUAGAGUGAGAGUAUACAGACAAGAUUCUGCCAUCCAGUGGUUUACUGGUAUAAUUACUCACCAUGAGCUCUUCACCCAUACCAUGAUUGUUAGGAAUGACCAGGUACUAGAACCACAGAAUGUCGAUCCUUCUAUGGUUCAAAUGACCUUUCUUGAUGAUGAUGUUCACUCUUUGUUGAAAGGAGAAGACAUCGGCAUCUCGUCACGCUGUAGGUCUCACUCUACUCAAAGUAGCACCACUGUUGACGGUCAUUCUAUACGUGCUCAAGCUAGUAGCCCAAGGCCAGCUAUGAACUCCCAGGCUACAGGGCCCACACAGAAUAUAUUCCAGCAGCAGCAGCAGCAUCGAAGUACUCGACUGACCAAGAGGAGGGGCUCAGAUAGUAGUGGGCCAGAUGAAGAGAAGAUGAGGGAAGAGAAAUGUGGUUACCUAGGCUGUGGAGAAAAUCUUAAAAGCAAAAAUAAACACUUUCUUAACAAAAGAAGAAAAACUGAAGAUGAUGAAAAGAAGCUAAAUAUAAAAAGACUUCGAACAGACAAUAUGUCCGACUAUUCUGAGUGCAGCGACUCAGAAACUUCAAAUAAAAGAAUGACAGACCCACCUUAUAAUCCAAAUGCUGGAAAUGAGGUGAACAAAAACAAUUCUAAGAUCAACGGAGAUGAAGGAAAAUCCCAGCGUAGGGAGGGAGCAGAGGAACAAGCAGUAAAUAGUCAGUCUCUUUGGGGUCAAAUACAAGAAGCUAAGAGACAGGAAGAAGCAGAAAAUCUCAAGCCGCCCAGCUUUGAGCUGAAAGAAAACCCUCUUCUCAGCACCACAGAAAAGAUUAUGUUUUAUGAUCCAAAUGUCAGUGAUUUGCAUAGUCAGGAGCGCAAAACAGAGAGAGCACAUACUAUGGAAUUAUUACCGAAGGAGCAAUUUGUGUCCAAACCACCUACACCAAAAUGUGUUAUUGACAUUACAAAUGAAACCAGUUCAGAAAAGGUGGUUCAGGAAAACUCCACAAGGAUCUUUGGUUUUCAGGCACUUCAGAAAAUGGAGUCUCUUAGUAGUGACUCAAAACUUUUGUUUUCCAAUUCAAAAUUUUUAGAAACAAAAAAACCAGAACCUGAACAGAGCUGGGUUAGUAGCAUGGUACACAAAAUGGAUUUAGCAUCACCUGUUCUUAAGAACCCUUUUGCCAUAAGUGAGCCUCUGAUUAUUGAAAAAGAUAAAGAUUCAUUUUCAACAUAUCGCACUCCAGGAAAUGCAGCUGAAGACCACAAACCGCAUAAACCAAACCCACCUCCAGAGAUUCCGAAGCCGAAAUUCCCUCCUUCAGGAGAAAACCUCAAACCAAAAGCCAAUACCAUAUUUGAUGUUAUUCAAGCCAAAUUCCCUCGUAAUACUGAUUCUACGAAAUCUAAGGCCGGCUUCUCAAACAGUGGUCAUGCCGCUGGAGAGAGAAGGUUGACUCAUAAAACACAACAUGAUUUACCAAGAUCUAGUUUUCAUCCAGUUUCGACUCGUGGCUUAGAAACCGCCAAGAACCCUCUUAUUGAUAAAAAUGACCAUUUCACAGCUUACAGAGAUCCCGCACUCGCUGGACAAGAGUCAGGAACCAAUCACGUUCCAUCAUUCUUAAGCCAGCACACUUUCCCUCAUCAUUCUUCAUCCCACAGGACUUGUCACAAUCAGCCUACUUUAAGUGCCCCUACCCACUUGGCAGCUGGGUCUUCAAACCAAAGCCAGUUGCCUUCUCUUAGUCAUCCUUCCAAUAGUUCCGCCCACUCUUCUGUUCACCCUCACAUGGCUUCGACAGCGUUACCUGGAGUGCCUCCAGCCUCCUUACUAGGUGGCCCCUCACGAGUAGAGGCUGCUCACUCCAGCCACUUAGCGAUAGCUCACCACCAGCACCAGCAUCACCACCACCACCACCACCAGCAGCAGCCGCAGCCGCAGCAGCAGCAGCAGCCGCAGCCGCAGCAGCAGCAGCAGAUGCUACAGCAUUCAUCACCUCAUCUCCUUGGACAAGCACAUCCCCCUGCUUCUUCCUAUAAUCAGCUCGGACUCUACCCGGUUCUUUGGCAGUAUCCAAAUGGGCCCCCUCCCUACACGGCACUCAGCAUGCCCACUUCUAAAUGGCUCCAACAAGAAAAUGCAGCGAAUGCUGAAGCCUCCUUGCGGGGGAACACUCCCAGUCCUUGGUUACAUCAGCCCACCCCCGUGACCUCUGCUGAUGGGCUUGGGUUACUGAGUCACAUUCCUGUCAGGCCAUCCAGUGCGGAUCCUCAUCGGCCCCUUAAAAUGACAACUCAUCCUAGUCCACCGUUGUCAAAAGCGUUAGUAGAUCAUCACAAAGAAGAAUUGGAGAGGAAAGCUUUUAUUGAACCUCUCAGGGCUGUCGUUUCCAUGCCAGUCAAGAAUGAUUUGGAUCGAAUCCAGGUUGGACAAGACAGUCACUUACCGAGACCUUUUGUGGAUUCAAUGUUGAGUCAGUUCCAGAGGCCAGUUCAGGAUACUGGAGAGAGGAUGAACAAGUACAAAGAGGAACCCCGAAGGGUCCUCCAAGAAAGUGUCGAAGUCUCUCCCUUCACGACCAAGAUGAAGACUCUGGAGGGAGAGAGAGAGAGCUAUUCCAGAAUCACACCUUUGUCCUCUGCCAGCCCGAUAAGCCAAACCACCAAACAAGACAAAGACGGGGACCGCUCUGUGUCAGAACUGUAUAGUAUUAAGCCCUCUGCACCUCAGAGUAACUAUUUCACCACCAUAUCCAGCACCGUCGUGAAUGAACCACCACGAUCCUACCCAUCCAAAGAAGUCUCCGGUCUGUUCACCGAUAAGCAGAGUAACAACCCCUCAACGGUAGCCAGUCCUCAAGUCCUGACUUCAUUUAUGUCAUCACUUUCAAAGCCCCCGCCGCUGAUUAAACACCAACCAGAAGGCGAAGGCAUGGGAAGCAAGCUAGCAGAACAGCUUCCCCAGCAAAUGCCGUCUCACUCCGUAACUGCUUUUGGAAAUGACUGUCGGAGUCCUACCCAUUUGACAGUUUCUUCAUCAAAUCCAAUCCGGAGUAUGCCUGCAUUACAUAGAGCACCAGUUUUUCAUCCACCAAUCCAUCCCAGUCUGGACAGAAAGGAAAGCACCUAUAGCAGCCUUUCUCCUCCCACCUUAACUCCAGUUCUGCCAGUAAACGCUGGGGGAAAAGUCCAGGAAUUACAGAAACCUCCAACUCUAGUACCUGAGCCAAAAGACGCUCAGGCGAUUUUCAAGAAUGCUUCUGAACACAGUUUGUCUGAAAUGUGGAGAUCUAAUAAUGCCCCUGGCAGUGAUAAAGUGAGCUGGCACGUGGAGAAAAGCAUUGGAAAGGCACCGGUUGCCACAGCGUCUGUCAUUGUGUGUCCCCCUUCAAGUGGAAAGUAUGAGAGCGUGCCAGCGAUGCAGCCGGCUCCCAAGGAGCGAGGUAGUGAGAGAUCUUCAUUUGGGGUGAGUCCAGCCGAUGGCUGGAAACCAGUGGAAGCCCGAGAGGUUGGGAGAGUUAUUCUUCCCAAUUCAAACUUGGCCCUUCCUCCCACCCACUACGAGAAGAACUUUGAGGCUGCCCCCAAGGGCCGAACGUCCAGCUCCAUCAUCAAGCCUGCAACCCCUGGUUUAUGUAGCACCAAAAAGAACCUGACACCAGUCGCCACCACCACCGCCAGUGCCCCCAGCUGGGGUGCUUCAGAAGUAACAUUUUCGUUUUCUAGUACAGUUUUGACCCCCGCAUCUUUACAGUGUAUUUCUUCAAGAAGUGUUGUCCAGCCAACGACUCAUAUACAGGAAUGCAGAGUCAGCACCAUAAUUUCAAACACCGCGGUCACUAGCAAGAUAGGCUGGGAGGCCCAGCCCAGCUCUGAGUUCUCCAACACGCCUGAUUUUAUCCACUUAAAAAAACAUAAGGCUGUAAUGGCUGCAACUCAGUUUAAAAGUGGUAGUGGCAACGAGGCUGAGCCUGAUGCUGGAAGCAGCCCGCCAUGUUCAGCUCCCACUCCCCUCGAAAGUCCUGCCACCUGCAGUAUGGCAAACAAGGUGAACACUGUAGGCAGCGGGCAGAACUCCCAGACCAGUCAACCCAACUACCACACCAAGCUGAAAAAGGCCUGGCUCACCAGGCAUUCAGAGGAAGAUAAAAACAGCAACAAGAUGGAGAGUUCAGAAAACACCGUAUCAGAGAUCAUUAAACCAUGUUCAGUCAAUUUAGUAGCCUCCACAUCGAGUGAGAUACACAGCAGCGUGGAGAGUACCGUCCUGGAAGACAAACCUGCCAAAGAGGAUAAAACCAGCAGAAAGAAGAUGAAAAGGUCUUACGAGUCUGGCUCUGAGAGCGGCGGAGACUCGGAUGGAAGCGAGAGCAAGGCUGAGCAGAGGACCAAGCGCCAGCCCAAGCCGACCUACAAAAAGAAGCAGAACGAUUUGCAAAAGAGAAAGGGGGAACUCGAGGAGGAAGCAAGGCCUAACGGGGUUCUUGUCAGAAGCUCCCGAGAGAAGAAUAAGCUCAAGCUGCCAAGCAACAACAACAACAACAACGCCGGCAUCCCUCGUUCAGUAUUAAAGGACUGGCGUAAAGUGAAGAAGCUGAAGCAGACUGGCGAGUCCUUCCUGCAGGACGACUCCUGCUAUGAGAUAGGACCCAACUUGCAGAAGUGUAGAGAGUGCAGGCUGAUUCGAAAUAAGAAGGGGGAAGAGCCAACACACUCCCCAGUGUUCUGUAGAUUUUACUACUUCCGGCGAUUGUCAUUCAGUAAGAACGGAGUGGUUAGAAUAGACGGCUUCUCAUCUCCUGACCAGUAUGAUGACGAAGCCCUGAGUCUAUGGACCCAUGAGCGUUACGAUGACGACGAGCUAGACUUGGAGACUUCUAAAUACAUCUUGGGUAUUAUAGGCGAUAAGUUUUGCCAGUUAGUAACAUCAGAGAAAACAGCUUUGUCCUGGGUGAAAAAAGACGCCAAAAUUGCCUGGAAAAGAGCGGUGAGAGGCGUCCGUGAGAUGUGUGAUGCAUGUGAAGCCACAUUGUUUAAUAUUCAUUGGGUCUGCCAAAAAUGUGGAUUUGUGGUCUGCUUAGAUUGUUAUAAAGCAAAGGAAAGGAAGCGUUCAAGAGAUAAAGAGCUCUAUGCUUGGAUGAAAUGUGUCAAGGGACAACCUCAUGACCACAAACACUUGAUGCCGACUCAGAUCAUACCAGGCUCUGUUUUGACAGAUCUUCUCGAUGCGAUGCACAAUCUUAGAGAAAAAUUCGAUAUUCGGUCUGAUUGCGUUUGUACUGACAAGCAAAAUGUACAAGUUGAGACAAUUGCGGCAAUGAAUGGAGUGCCUCAGGUUUUGCAAAAUGUUCAUGAUGACAAUAACACAGUUUCUCUGUGCAUGCCUGAGUCUCAGCAGCAGAAUUCCCCUCAAAAGUCUGAGACUAAUGGUAAUACCAGCCCCAGGAGUGAUGUAAGCACAGACAGCAAGUUAACUCCUCCGGAAUCCCAGUCCCCGCUACACUGGCUAGCAGAUCUUGCUGAACAAAAAGCCAGAGAAGAAAAGAAAGAAAACACGGAAUGUCCCCUUGGAAAACAUAUAAAAGAAGAAAGUGAUCAAGAUAUUCCUGAUUCUCCAGACUGCAAAACUCCCCCUGCUGUGUCCCAGAACAAUGAACAAGGGUCCACCUUACGGGACUUGCUGACUACAACGGCAGGCAAGCUGCGUGUCGGCUCUACGGAUGCAGGCAUUGCCUUUGCGCCGGUAUAUUCUACAGGAGCCCCAAGUGGCCAAAGUGAAAGGACUGUGCCAAACAUUCUUGAUGACAUCAUUGCUUCGGUUGUUGAAAACAAGAUUCCACCACAUAAAGCCUCCAAGAUAGAAGAAGAAGAAGACGACGACGAUGAAGAAGUAGAAAUCAUAAAAGUAAUAGAAGGAAGAGGAAAAGGAGGAGUAGGAGGAGGAGACCGAGAUCGAGAUCCCGAAGAUGGCCAGCCAGCUGCUAUGGACGAGAGUGAUCAACUAUCAGAGGGUGUGCCACACUCGUGGAUGUGUGAGAAACACGUCUUGUGGCUUCAAGAUCACAAGAAUCUUGAUAAUUGGAAGCUUUUCAAACAGUGCUGGAAACAAGGACAGCCUGUGGUGGUUUCUGGUGUCCACAAGAAAAUGAACAUCAGCUUGUGGAAAGCAGAGUCAAUUAGUCUUGAUUUUGGAGACCACCAGGCAGAUCUCCUGAAUUGCAAAGACAGCAUUAUUUCAAAUGCCAACGUUAAGGAGUUCUGGGAUGGUUUUGAAGACAUUUCAAAACGGCAAAAAAUAAAAAGUGGAGAAACGGUUGUUUUAAAAUUGAAAGACUGCCCUUCAGGAGAAGACUUCAAAACCAUGAUGCCAGCAAGAUAUGAAGAUCUGUUUAGAAGCCUGCCAUUACCAGAAUAUUGUAAUCCUGAAGGAAAAUUCAAUUUGGCCUCCCAUUUGCCAGGAUUUUUUGUUCGUCCAGACCUAGGACCCAGAUUGUGUAGUGCAUAUGGUGUGGCUGCUGCUAAGGAUCACGAUAUUGGAACAACAAAUCUCCACAUUGAAGUUUCUGAUGUUGUAAACAUUCUGGUUUAUGUUGGCGUAGCAAAAGGAAAUGGAGUGCUCUCAAAAUCAGGUGUACUAAAGAAAUUUGAGGAGGAAGACCUGGACGACCUUUUAAGGAGAAGGCUGAAAGACUCCAGCGAGACCCCGGGUGCUCUGUGGCACAUCUACGCGGGCAAAGAUGCGGACAAGAUCAGAGAGUUUCUCCAGAAGAUUACAAAAGAACAAGGCCUUGAAGUCCUGCCAGAGCAUGACCCCAUUCGUGACCAGAGCUGGUAUGUGAACAAAAAACUCCGCCAACGACUGCUGGAAGAGUAUGGUGUGAAAACAUGCACAGUGGUCCAGUUUCUGGGGGAUGCGAUCAUCUUGCCGGCUGGUGCGCUGCAUCAGGUGCAGAAUUUUCACAGCUGCAUUCAGGUGACUGAAGACUUUGUGUCUCCGGAACAUCUUGUACAAUCAUUUCACUUGACACAGGAACUGAGGCUGCUGAAGGAGGAAAUCAACUAUGAUGACAAACUGCAGAUCAAAAACAUCUUAUACCAUGCAGUUAAAGAAGUGGUGAGAGCUCUGAAGAUGCAUGAAGAGGAAAUGGAAGAGAUGGAGGAGAGCUGAGCGCUGCUGGCUUGGCCCAGGGCUCGCCAGCCCUCGAAUGAAGAGCAGCGAGCACUCAAGCGGGAGCUUCACAGGACCGCCCGUGCCGCGACGCAGCCUGAGCACCUGCUCGUCCUGGCUCUGCAGCCGCGCAUUUGUUUGUCAGAGCUUCCGCGGUUUGGUGUUCGUUAUGGAAUUAGGCGCAGCUCCGCGCUGCCGCCUCUGUAUUAUAGUGUACAUGGAGUUUGUGAAAACGUCAGAUGUAAACGAUGUAUUUAUUUUUGAAAACCAAAAUGCAGAACUCUAUGCUAUAUUGUUGAUCAGAUGUAAAUGUGUUCUUGUACAGUUUGCUAAAAUAACUGAUAUUUUUCACUACAUCGAGACAGUUACUGUGAGAGGAGUACACAAACACCAGCUAUUGCCUGCGGUGGGAAAUUGCUGAAUCGCACAGCAGUCAUGUCAUCAUCUGAGAUUUACUGCCAAAUAAAUGUAAAGUUUGUAAAGUACAAAGUAUAUAAAGUAGAUAUUAAAUACAGACACUUCAAUACUUUAUUGGAGGUAUUCAGUGUACAAUUAAACAUUUUCAAAAGGUGUAAUUUAUUUAAAAUUGUCUCAUUUUGGUAAAAUUUAUGUGGAACUUUUAAAGCUUAAUAUUAAACUUAAUAUGCUAUGUAAAUAUAUACAUAUAUACAUUCAAUGAUGUAUUUUUUUAAACAUUGGCUUGCUUUAUUUGUUAAAGUGCAAGUGUUACACAUGGCUUUGUACAUUGACGUUGAAAGGGGUUUUACAUUUUCCAUUAAAAUGACUUUAUCAGAUCUUGGCUUGCUGUCUAUUUCUCCAGUCUGUGCACUGGAUGGUGGUGGUGGAAAGAGUAUUCUGGAGAUUGUUCGAUGUUUUUCAUUUUCAUGCUUUUGCCCGCUCUAGUUUUCUUGUGAAGCUUCUAACUUGGAAAUAGACUAAUUGCCAAUUUGUGUCGGACUACUUGAUGAAGAAUAUGGGUCAUUUGAGUGUCUUAUGUUUCUGUUCUUUAUUCUGUGGGGUAACCUUAAUUGGCAGGGGGGAUUCACUUCUAAACUACCAAAAGUUUGAUAUCUGAGAAUAAAUUAAAAUAGAUUUUUAAAAGCA